ACUGGGAAUGAAAAUGAAGAAAGGCUAUCCGCUUGCAGGUCCUGGAACAACUUUGUUGUUGUUUUAGAGGAAAUCAGGAGAACUCUGGAGGAAGAGAGAGGAAUCUACCUGCAGUCAGAAAGGUCACAGAUACCGUCACGAUUUAAGUGCAUGCUGGACUGUUGGUUUGACGCUGUGAAAGAAAGUGGAGAAAUUCCUUCAUCCAACAGAAACAGUUGCAGAGACGGAGCAGCAGCACCAUGUGACUGAGAUGUAAAGGAAGAGGCCAGUGUUCUUUUGGAAGAUGGCCUCUGUAGCGGACGACCCACAUCUGGGCUCGGGUCCUGAUGAGGACGACUCUCCUGCAUCAGGACGAGACACGGACGCCGACAGCAUCCUCUCUGAUGACUCUGUGCUCCCAGACUACACACCAGAAAUCCCAAAUAACCCAACAGCUUCCAGCCUGUACGAGGCUUGUCUGCGCAACGAUGCCAUUUCUCUGCAGAAAAUCCUGGGGGGAGGAGUUUCCAAGGAGGCGGUCAUGAAGCUUGACAACAAUGGCAGGAACUGUUUGAUGGUGGCCUGCUCCAAAGGUUUCAUCGACAUCGUAUACGGACUCCACCACUGUCCAUUUGUAGACAUAAAUCACCAAGACAACGAGGGAAACACCGCACUGAUGAUCGCGUCUCAAGCAGGUCACAUUAGCACAGUCAUGUAUCUCCUGAACUACUUUCCUGGAGUAGACACUGAAGUGAAGGACUGCAGAGGCUUCACAGCCCUCAUCAAAGCGGCGAUGACGGGCCGCGAUGAUGUUGUGGCUGCACUUGUUAUGGCUGGAGCAGACAUACAUGCAGUGGACUCCACCCGUGGAAAAUGUGCCCGGGACUGGGCCCUCAAAACUGGUCGCUAUGAGACCUUUCAUCGUCUCCGGCGCCUCGCGGCGAGGCCAAAAGCAGAGCAGUUCUGUGAGAACUAUGUGGUCGAGUGGCCUGAGCUCAGGGAGAAAGUGGCCAAAGCCGCAGCUCAGAAAAGUCCAGCAGAGAAAAUCACAUUACGAAUCAAAAACACGUUUGGAUUCAGCUUUCCACGCGAUCCCCAGGACAAUGGGGUCUUGGACCACAUGGUGCGCAUGACCACCAGUGUCCACAGUCCUCUGAUUUCUACGGGAUGCCGGCCGCUCUGCCCCACAAGUCCUCCAGAGAUGGGAAAGAGGCGACUGGCUGUAGCAGAGCUGCUGAAAAAACACUCUCUGAAGGAGCUGGAAGAAAGCUCCGUGUGCCACAGCAUUGGCUCAGCGUCCCACGUCCUCCCCUCAAUCCACUCAGCAGAAACCGUGGCCGCCACAUGCUGCCCCGACACCGAGCGGCGGGGCAGCAUCCUCUCUCUGGCCUCCACCAAGGUUGCUACCGCAUUUGUUCCCCGCAGCAUGGCGAGGAGGAACAGCGUGUUUCCUUCUGGGUGUAUUCCUAAAAUCAGCGUGGACACGCCUGCAGAUGCAGCGCCAAAGAAGGAAAAGAAGAAGAAGAAGAAGGAAAAGGGCUAUCUGGAACCCCCCAAGUGGAAAUAUAAGGAGCAGAAGGACGAGAAAAAGAAGGAGAAGAAGAAAAACUGA